CAUGAUUAUACAGUAAUUGUAUAUUUAAGCAUCAUCAUUGAAAAUGAGAUUGUUUCAUUGCUUUAAUUUCGUAAUGUUUGCAUAGUGAAGGGAAAAAAACAAACGAAAAUAAUAUGGAUCUUUUAUUUCACGGAGCUAUUUUGUUUCUGCAUUUGAAGAUAAGUUCAACACAAGUAUAUACCGGAGUUCUCACAAGACUUUGGCCGUUGGAUAGACAAACAUGUUCAUCAGAAGUAUUAACAACUACUUAUGUAUAUGGCGAGUGCAAGAACACUUUCAAUGACCAACCACAAGAUUUUCCUUUUAAUGCUAUGGAGUUCGACGGUUCUUCUUCUAUUGAUGUCGCUGUUGAUGUUUCAACUACUAACAUAAAACAUUACAGUUUUCAAGGGUGGUUCUUCUUUACAUCUGACACUUCUUCUUCCUUGUUUCAUUAUAGAGACGGUAACGAAUUCUCGGAAACAAUCGUUUGGACCAAUAAAAUGAAAUUGAAACUUUACAGAAAAGUGGAUUCUGCUUGGAAUACGUUCACUGGAAGUCAGCAAAUUUCUAAAUACAGAUGGUACUAUAUUGCACUUGGUGUUGGUCAAGACGGUUACGUAUCCGUACGUAUUGAUGGCGUGAAGGAUAUCUAUGGAAUGCUCACCAACCGUCAGAGCACAGAAUUGCCAGGUACAUUGAGAAUUGGUGGAGAUUUCGGGGAGGCACAUGCAAACGUGGAGGGUCGAAUCACAUGUGUUGGCUUUCAUCUCAAUACUAGGAACGCCUCAGCAAAUGUUGUAAAAGAUGUGUGUACUGAAACGGCUUGGAUGCCGGAAAGAGGAAGUAACAGUAUAUAUUUGACUAGGAUGGACAAAACGGCGUUGGUUCCGGUCUACCUGAAAGAAGUUACCCGCUGUUCGAUCAGUGAGUGUGCCCACUCAUGUUUGGAAGACAUUGAAUGUUUCUAUAUAUCUUUUGAUGGAGAAUCUGCCACAUGUAACUCGUGUUACCUGUUCAAAAGAGAAGAUACUACAGGCAAUAAUAGCACACUUUCUUUGUAUAAAGUUAGAACAUAACAAACGUUAUUCAUUAGUAUGCCAGUAUUCGAAUGAUAUACUUAUUUACCGUAUCGUUUAAAAAAAAUGAUAACUUAUUAGUGCUUCAGUAUUUGCAUGAUUUGAAUGUACUUUUAUAUGGCAUGUUCAAACAAUUUUUCAUUUUUUUUUUCUCGCAUUUUUGUCA